GCUGACGCAAUGUCAAAUUACUAUAUCCUCUGCACAAACUGCUGAAGCAAUCAGAAUCGACUAGGAAUUAGUAGGGAGUGGACGUACAUUACGAACUGUCAAGAAAUUAUAAUGACUUUGGAAGAUACAGAUCAAAAUACACUUGUGCAUUCUACGGAAAAGCAAAAUAACAACAAUAAAAUGGAUUUAAGUGAAUCGUUGAAAGACGUUAUUGUGAAGGCUGUUGCAGACGACAGAGUCACUUUUGGAGUUUAUGAUUCUGCAAGGAAACUUGACAAGGAAUCUGAGAAUGUCUUGGUGUGUAUCCAAGUAGAGGAUACUAACUUGGAUGUAGCGCUUGAAAUGCAUCUUACUCUGUUGGAAGCCUUUUGUAGUGAAUCUGAAAUUAAAUUGGUCAAGGUGACCAAUCAUGGACAUUUAGUCCAGUUACUUGAUAGCGUUCGUGCUAAGCACGGGAGCGGCCGGGAUCUUAGCGGUGAUGAUGUAGUUUGUAUGGUUAUAGAGGAACCUAAUGAAACAGAUGGCACGUGUGUUUCGUUUACUGAGAUAUACCAUACACAAGAGUACAGUUGGCACCCCCAUGUUGCUCUAUAAUAAGAAGAAAAUGAACAAUGAAGGGCUAUAUUUGUUAUGAUAGAACAUUGGGGGUUGCAUUUGGCCAGUGGAUAGCAAGAUAUUUUUCAAAGUGCUGCGAAUAAAAUUUAUCAGAAUGUAUUCAAGGACUACUAAAAACUGAACAUUUCAAAAUUGCUAUGAAUGUGUGGAUCAUCUCAACAUUUCACAGGUUGCAACAGUAGUAGUGGAAACAGCCAAGCACUUAUCAUAUGACAUACCUUGUGAUAUGAAUAUCAUGUGACACAAUCAAUAAAGAAUAAAACCCACCCAUUGACUACGGCAGCUUUCAACACAUCGCACUGCCUGUUACCAGACAGAAAGCAAAUUAUGUGUGUCCAUUGAAGCAGAACAUCGUAGCAGAUCAACGCACAAAGGUCGGGUGUUUUUCCAAAUGGAUUAAAAUUCUUUGCGGUGGAAAAUUUUGUGCACAUUGGAAAUAUUUAUGGAAAAAUUCACAUUUCCUGUAGUUUGUAAAUUUUCCAAAGCUAUAAUUACCUUUGACUUUGUGUACAUGCUAAAUACAAAACAAAUUUAACUUAAAUUAAGAUUCAGUAUAUUGAUUGUAUUACUAUUGUUAAAUUUGCAUUAUACUUAUAAGCCUAUAGCUUAGUUGUGAUAAUGGUGAGGCCCACAUAGAAUUAAUUGUUUAAUUUUUCAUAAUCAUAUCAAUUUAUCUUACAAAAGCCCAGUAUUUUUAACAUACAUAGUCUGAAACAGUAGUUUCAAUAUUUUUGUGAAUAAAAUUGAUUCUUGUGUGUUAAUUGCAGGGUGUUUGUAACAUAAAUAGCCAGUACGUGGGUCUAUUCACCUGUGCCAAAGGGUCAGGAUUGUAAGAUAACAAUUAAUUUUGGGCCUUCAGUACUAUAGCAUUGUUGUUAUUCUGUAUUUACCGUUGGAUGACGUGGGUGAUGCUUUUUAAUCAAAGAAGCUGUGCUUAGUGCGUAUUCCUCUAGGAUGUUUUUGUUUACAUUCUGAUAAGAACUGUAAAUUAAUUCUUCGACACAUCUGUCAGAUAUUACUCUACUGGUAGAAUAUUAGAUACCAGACUGCUGGACUUCAGUCUGAGACUAUUUAAAGAAUAUUACAUUUUUUGACAUUUAUUUGUUACUUUAAGUUUAUUGAUAUUGUUCAGAAAUGUGGACAUGUAAAUAGAUAUUAAUAAUAAUAUAAUCAUAUAUAUAUAUAUAAAUAUGUAUCAAAAGAUAUUUACUGUUGUAAAGGUAAUGAUGUUAAAAACUCUACAGAUAUUUUUCCAACUGUUUUGGGAAAAGACUAGUAAAUUGUAUCAAUUCUUAACAUGGCCAGGUGUAUGGUUUGUGUAGAAAGGUAUAUUUUCUAAGGAAGAUAUUAUUUCUGAGCAGUAGUUAUAUUAAAGAAGUAUUGGAAGAUAAUUUUUGAAACAAAUUGACUGUACACAACUUUGUAUGAUGUCAUAGGGACUUGCACAACUUUGUCAUAAGGACCACAGCUUUCUGUGAUGUAAUUAGGACUUGGUUAUUGGUGUAGCAACUAUUUCCAUAGAUGGAAUUUAAAAAAAAAAUACAAUUUUAGCAUUUACUCGAAUUGAUUUUUUAAAAUGUUUAAAAAAAAGUUGAAUUGUAGUAUUAUUGAAAAUGAAAUUGUACUGAAAAAUUAAAAAGUUGAACCUGAAAAUGUAAAUUGUGAAAAAAAAAAUCAAAUUAGAUUAGAUUAGGUUGUAAAUCUUGAUCUAGUUACUAUUAAAUCUGUUGUGAUUUCCAAGCAAUUAAUUUUAUUGUUGGUACAAGGCUUUCGCUAAAAUUUAAUAGCAUAUCUAUUAAUAUGAAUUACAGGAAAUAUGAUUGUUUUAGAUUCACUGAUAUGUAAUGACAUCACAACAUAUCUGUGCAAUACUGUAUUUCAUAAGAAUAUAAAUGUUGUUGCUACAUUGCCCUUAAUUUUGUGAUAGAGUUGUAAGAUUAUGCAAAAUCUAAAGUAGGAAGCUCCCAGGGAGUUUUUAUUCUACAAUUUUUUCACAACUCUCAAAAAGAGCAUAAAAGAAUGCUUAUCUAACUCUAUAGUAUAACAAAAAAUGACAUUUUUCUAUUGAUGAAUGUUUAUGUAACUCCUAUGUGAGUGGAAUGAAGCUAAUAUUUUGUAUUGGGUUAGAACAAUAUCCAUAUAAGCUUCUAUUAAAAUAUAAAACAAAAGAAAAU